CCUGUGAAAGGGAAGCCCGGCCCAACCCUGCCGUGAGCCGCGGGCUAGGCGGGCCGGCCCGUCCUGCGAUUUAAUACACAACUAUAAUAAUAUGGUAAAAUACCUAAAAAUUGUUUUUUUCUUUUCCUCUUUUUUUAUCCUCUAAAAUAUAUAAAUGUUUUUGGUCACCUUAUCCCAAUUCUGUGAAAUUCCAAAAACCGGCUAGCUUCUCUGUACAAUCCCUCUCCCAGCUCGGCUACGUUUCUUCAACUCAACUCAGAUAGCUUGAACACUGAGAAGCAUUGAAAUUGGGUACUCUUCUUGUGCAAUGGCAUCUACAGUGGGUGCUUCUAUACAAUCCAGGCUGUUGGGACCUGCAUUUUUCCUCCGAAUCAGUUACCUAAGGUGCCCUUUUCUUGGGGAGGCGAACGGGCUUCGUUUUGCUGGGAUCACUAAGCCUCAGGUUAGUACUGUGAGGAAGAAUGUAGAGUGCAAGGAGUCCAGAAUCGGGAAGCAGCCUAUUUCGGUGCCGUCUAGUGUGACCCUCAUGAUGAACGGCCAAGAUUUCAAAGUGAAGGGCCCACUUGGGGAGCUCGCCAUUACUUAUCCACGAGAAAUUGUGCUCCAGAGAGAAGAAUCUGGAGUUCUCAAGGUAAUGAAGGCUGUGGAAACAAGGAGGGCCAAUGAAAUGCAUGGCUUAUUCAGGACCCUGACUGACAAUAUGGUGGUGGGAGUUUCCAAAGGGUUCGAAAAGAAACUUCAGCUGGUGGGCACUGGUUAUCGUGCCAUGGUCGAGGGAAAAGACAUAGUUCUCAAUCUCGGUUUUUCACACCCGGUUAGAAUGGCAAUCCCGGAUGGCUUGCAGGUGAAGGUUGAAGAAAACACGAGAAUUACAGUUAGCGGACAUGACAAGUCUGCGAUUGGUCAAUUUGCGGCCUCGAUUAGGAAGUGGAGGCCUCCCGAGCCGUACAAGGGCAAAGGUGUGAAAUAUGCGGAUGAGAUUGUUAGGAGGAAAGAGGGGAAAGCAGGGAAGAAGAAGUGAAAGAUGGAAGUUUUACUGCUGUUUACAUUUGUAUUUUGUAUGUGACUUGUGUUUAUUGUCUGUAUGGACUGGUAGACAAAAGACUGCUGUUCUGUUCUCAUUCAUUAAUCAAGAAUUCAUUGUAACAUAUGAAAAAACUUCAAAUUGAGGAGAAAAGGCUAGAGAUAAUUUGAGCUACAUCCCAUUUUAAUUCUCUCUAAAGCUGAAGAGAAUUGUCCCAUUAAUAUCUGGGGAAAAAAAGGACAGAUAUAUGUGGAGUUUGGAGAAAAAUGACAAGUUUUCAGGGAAGUCUUGUGCAGAGGAAACAAAAAAAAGUGCAAUUGGAUAUCAUUGCCAUCUCUUUAUGUCACCC